AUGAAACAAUACAAACUCUUAUAUGUGUUAGUACUGUUAAUCGUUGAAUAUCAUGCACAAGAAACCACUACAGUUUCAUCAGCUAACUUUAAUGGUGAUCCAAGAUUAUGUACAGUUGAUCCGACAACUCCAACUCCAAGUAAUGUACCGUUACCAACAUUUUCGAAGCAAGCAGAAUUCGCUUUAGAGAGAGUAGAAGUAAGACAUGUAGGUAACGCAACAUUGCCUAGUGUUUUAACUUUGUAUCAAUAUUUAUAUGAUUAUGAUGCAAAUAAAUUGAUUCUAAUUAAAAAUCAGAAUGGUUUUAUUGAUGCUGAAUAUUUUUAUUAUGAUAUAUUAAAGAAAUCAACUUAUUAUCAUGGAGAACUUUGUGUCGUUAGUGAUAUUACCACAAAUAUUGACACAGAUGGUAUGUCGGCCAUUCAAUUAUCAGAUAAUACAUGGCACAUUCGUCCAUUUAAUGAAUUUCUCCUAUUCUCUAGAGAUGAUCCUCGAUCAUUAAUUAUACCAAAAUAUAUCGGUUCAAGCGUAGUGCGUGGAAUACCAGUUGACCAAUGGGAAACUUGUAUUAUCAAUAAAAAUAAUCUUCAAACUGUUCGACGUGUAUGGUCCUUUGCAAAACAAGAUUUUACUACACCACUUGGUAGUAUGAACAACUUUGCUGUUCCCGUUCAAGGAAUUACAUAUGCUUCAGUGUUACUUCCUAAUGGUAUGCAAGCCGUAGAAGUUGAUGAAAUAUUUAAUAUUUAUUCAUACAGACCAGGUAUUAUUGAAAGUAGUGAUCAAUUAGUUCCACCAAAAGGUGUGUUCUGUGCUAGUGGCCCAAAUCAAAAUUUAAUAUCUCUGUCGAAUGCUGGUAUUAAAUGGCCAAAUCAUUUUAGUGUUCGUGUAGAAGCAUCAUCAUCACGUAGUUCAAUAUGGCAAAAAUUUCAUUUGCGCUAUGACCGUGGUCGUGAAAGUGGCUCAAAACGUAUUCGUUAUGAUUAUAUACCAUCUGGAGGAAUAGAUUUUCAAACUGUUAUACAUGAUUAUGGUGAUAAUUUAACAUAUAUUAUUGAUCGUCGUGUAGGUUCAUGUCAAAUAAAUCGCGAUACAGAAUUGCCAGAUUUUAGUCCAAUUCGUGAUCCAAUUGGUUUCUUUAUUAAACAUGAAAGUAGAUUUAUUUCUACUGAAGACGAUCGAGUUUGGGAAUUUGUUGGAUUUCGAUCAUGUCGAGGUAAUUCAAUAAAAUGUGCAGCAGUAACAACUUCGAUUGAUACGUUUCCUGCUAUGGUUGAUCCUGACAUUGGUACAUCAAAUGGUGAAACAUGGGACGCAACGAAUAUUGAAUAUGGUUGGUCAAUGCGUGCACCUUCUUCACUACCACCACCUGACAUGACAAAAAAUUUUGAUUAUCCAGUAUAUUUAUUUUUAAGAUUAUAUCGAGUCGAUGGCCCAAUUAAUCCAUCACUAAGCAAUAUUCGUACAGAAGAUAUUGAAUAUGAAUUUUAUGAAAUGUCUCAUGAAUUAAAGCCAUCUGAUUUCGAUACUAGUAUAUGUUAUCGUUCACUUGAUCUACCCUAUCUUCAUCUUGGUUUCGUACUUAAGCCAAGCAAUGAUCAGAUACUCACGAAUCAGCGACAUUGA